AAUUUUCCUGCGGUUUCCGCGAUAUCUCUGUCGGAAAAUUGUCGGACAGGUUAUAUAUUUAUAUAUAUAUUUAGGUUAUGAGAAUUUUGUGAGUAAAUAAUUUUAGGUAGAUAAUUUGUAAUAUUUUAUGUAGUUUUCGUGCCACAGAUAUUAAACAUUCUUAGUGCAAGAUUAUAGUUACUAAUUGUGAACCCCUGGCAGUGAAAACUUUGGAUAAAACUUGACUUGACUUAAAGUGAGUUCUGGGAUUAACUUUGCGGAUAGAGGAACUCGGGCUAAUAGGUUCAGCAGAAAGUAGUCAUAUGCCGUUUCCCAAGACGAUGAAAAUUGAUUCUGAGUGGACGACUUAGAACGCCGAUCGUUUUCUUCGAUUUGAAAGGGUUUAGAAUGCUGCCGAUCAAAGAAAUCAGCGUUAUUUUUAGUUGCAAUCUCAUAAGACUGUCCCGGAACACGCUCAACAUGAACCUGAAAUUUCUCCUGUUCUCCUUCUUGGCCGUAUCUGACCUACACGUGACGAUCUCGGACACGGACUGGACCAAAGAGUGUAACAGAUGUUCAUGUAUUUGGGUCAGUGGGAGAAGAACCGCGAACUGUGCCAGCAAAGGCCUAAGUGAAAUACCGAAAGACUUGAGCACAACAAUUCGAGAUAUAGAUUUUUCCAAUAACCCGUUGUACAGUCUUACGGAAAAUGAAUUUUUAGAAGCGAAUCUCGUCGACAUCCACAAGAUGAAAUUUCAGAAUUGCUCAAUCGAUACGCUCAGCGAGGGAGCAUUUAGGAGACUUGCUCUAUUGAUAGAAUUAGAUCUGAGUAGGAACUCGAUAGGAAGGCUUAAAAGAGACACUUUUAGGGAUAACAUUAAGCUAAGGAUAUUAAUACUCAGUUAUAAUAAAAUUCAAGUACUAGAGGAGGGACUGUUUAGCAACAUGGAUUAUUUACAGAGGAUCCAUUUAGACAACAAUUUAAUAGAGACUAUAAACGAGGACACGUUUCGCAACUUGCCAGCUUUAAACGAUGUAAAUUUAGGUUACAAUAAAAUUAAAACAAUCACGUUUGACUUAAAGCGGAAGCUUCCGAAGCUCAAUAGCCUUAACGUAGAGGAGAACCCUUGGGUGUGCGACUGCAACUUGGAACAAUUUCGCCAAAGUACUAUAAAAAGCAACCUUAUAACGAAUCCUACUAAGUGCCUAGAACCUCCCAAGUUGCAAGGGCGAACGUGGAAUGAACCUAUAACGUUUGCGUGUUCUCCCGUCAUCUUAGACCCUCUUCCUUCCACGCAAAUCCAGGCUACGAGUAACAAUGUUACGCUGAGCUGUAAGGUUAUCGGUGAUCCCGAGCCGGACGUCGACUGGACCAAUAAUGGUCACAUUGUCGAAAGGGAUCCCAGGAAAAAUAAACAAAAAUACUUCACCUCGAAAAGUAAAUACGGGGAAUACACUUGGAACAAUCUGACCAUAACAAACAUCAACUACAAAGACAGAGGUGAGUACAGAUGUAUCGCGAAAAAUCCAGGAGGAGAAGACGAGAAAAAUAUCACCCUGAUCGUCGAUUCCGCCGCUAUAAGCGGUGGCAGUUACACUUUCUCCGGUUCAACCGUGUGGAUCAUCGGUCUGUCCAUAGGCCUGAUAAUUUUGCUCAUAGUCAUUUUGAUUCUGGUGUGUCUGUUUUGCAAGAAAACUAACCACGCCAUGAACUCGAAACGCAGAGAGCUCGGCAACUCGUCGGAGGAGUGUAUAAACAUGAGAGGGCAGAUUGAAAUUAAGAAGGGUUUGAUAACGGAGGUGAAUCCGAUUUGCAAACCUCCAAGGACGACCGUACCCCCUUCGGUGGUUAGCGGCGGAACCGAGGUCAGCGACGCGAAAAAGAAUUUGUUGGAUAAUGAAUCCGUCUUCGAUUGUGACGAGGAGUCGAGAUCUCUCGACUUCGACCAGCCCCUACUUCGAAAAUCACACAACGUGCUCAUCGACUCCUCUGAUUACCGCCUCAACAACCCUCCUUAUCCGCCGGAUUUGCUACCCUUCCCGCCGAGGGCCGCUCAAGUUUCUCCCGCUGGGUCAAAUGCCUCAACGGUUGUCAUCGAUUCCAGAUUACCAGCUCAUCACGGCCCCCAGAGUCCGCUUCACAGUCCCAUUUACGAUCAGCUUAAUCUGUACAAGACGCUGCCCUAUUCGAGAUCUCACAGUCCAUUCGUCCAAGGUGCGGCGGUACCAAGGAUACCCAGACAAGGCGCCGGAUACGUCACAAUACCGAGAAGACCCAGACAGAGUUGGAGCUCCGAACCUCCUCCCAGUAGCGAGGUUGUCGGAGAACCACUAUAUGAUAAUUUGGGACUGAGGACCACCAUAGAUGGCAGUUCUGCGCUGUCCCUGAAUAAAAUCGGUUCGGAGACAGCUGCGUCGACUCCUCGCUCAAAUCGCGUGAUAGCGUUAAGCCCGACGCCAAUCGGACCAAUAGCGGAAUCACUUGAAUCUUCUCCGCCAACCGCGGCGCACACGAAAUCCGAGCCGUCGGCGCAAUCGCAGAUUCCGGUUGCGCAGCCCCGUCCUAAAACACCACAAUCUCUGCUGUGUCACACGCUGCCCAGAAACAUCAACUCGACGAAGCUAACACCGUCGAGGACACAGUGGGCGCACGACAAUGCGGACCAACUGCUGACCCCGUCGGAGAAGAGAAAUUCCGUUGCCGGUGACAUACCCACAACGGAAGGGAAACCCAAAAAGAUUCCUCCUCGGCCACCUCCGAAGCCGAAAAAGAGACUAUCGACGGGACCUCUGUUCGAGGACGAGGGCGAAGACGGCACGGAAGUGUGAUUAAUACUAAAACUGGUGCUCGGUCGAGCGCUGGUUUAACUCUGUGCUAAAAUUCCGGUGGACCAAAUUUAAUUAUAGAAAAUUUCGGUGAUUAUAUAAACUAACUGGCAACAAUAAGAAAGUGCAGUGAUUGUGAUAUGAUUAUAGACUGUGAACUAAUUUAUUCCAAAUGAUUUUUCAGAUAAAAAUAAUUGACGCUCUAAGUAUGUUAUGAUUUUAAUUAUCGAUUUUUUCAUUAGUUUGACGAAUAGUGUAACUGUAACUAUAGCAAAGAUGAAUAGGAUCUUAUAGCGGCGAGAAUCAAAAGGGUAGCAAAUGUCAAAGUUCUUUCUUUUUAUUUGUUGGGCAUCGCUUAGCGCUUGAUGGCUAAUUGAGUGUUAUGAUGUUGGAAAGUUCGUACAAUUUACAGGGUGGUCAAACACUAUAAGAACUAUAUGAAGUGUGUAUAUAGGUAGGUAUUGAUUCUUAUUAUUACGCCAAGUGCCUUAUCGAGAAGAUCUUUAAAAAUGGAUUGGUAUUUUAUUGUUCGCGGAUGGUGCGGAUAAUUAUAAACAGUUGCAACAACAUAUUAAUGCCAUCAAUUAUCAUAUCAAAGUACUUACGAAUGCAAAACGCCACGCAGUUUGUGCAACUGACUAUAAUCACGUAACUAGGAAAAGAAAAAAAGUUUACUUUAAUCAAUCAGAAGACUUACCAGAUAUACCGUGUUUAAUGUUCAUUGUGCAUUAUUAUUGAAAUGGGAGUUUUAAACGCACAUCAGCGCCAUUAUUUCCCAAUCGAGCGGUAUUUUUUAUGUAAAUUCCGUUCAGGAAAUCGGCGAUUGCGGUAAACCGAGAAAACUAAAUAUUUACAGAAAUAAUUACAAAAAGUGUGGAAACAACUUGGUCUGGCCAAUCAGAGCGCUACGUCUUCGUGUCUCCCUAGAAACUUUACUGUUUUAUAUACUGGGUGUUUUAAAUGCGCAGCCAACCCCCGAGAUGCGAUUCUUAUUAUAAAUAUUUUUCUUGCUUUCAAAAUACUGUGCAUCAAAAUAAUUAAACCAACCCUGGGGACUGAUUUUGCUCCAAUUAGAGGUAGUGGCGUCUCGGGAAUUUUUUUUAGAAUUAAGUAACUAAUAAAACUUAUAAUUUGUGGUAAAUGGUCAACAUUUUUUUUCAGAAAAUGUGAGUCAGCUUGUAUGCAGGAACUCUACUAAAGUUAAUAAUUUUGAAUAUGAUCAAAUCAAUUAUAAGAACAUUUACUAAGAUAUUGAUAAAGACGUGAUUUUUGUUAAACGUUGUACUUAAAAAACACCCAGUAUUAUUUGGUUGUUCAUCUUUCGCACCACAAAAAUAUUUAAAUAUGUGCGCGUAAGGGCUUCCAAAACUUUGACUGAUACUGAGAAGAUUUAAGUUACGUGUUUUUAGAUUUAUUCAAUUGCGUAAAUGCAGUUGAACUCCGAUUUUUUUGUUGUCCGAGACAAAAACGAAAUAUGCAGCUAACGCAGCUUUACUUCGACUAAUUUAUUUCCAGUUUUAGCAUUUUUAAGGCGCGUGCGUGGUCAAUACGGUCAAAAUUUUAAAAAAUUCAGAUAAAAAUGCUAAAGCAUCUAUUUCUGUUAAAUUAUUAGACAAUCUAUCAUAUUGUAUAAAAUGAAUUUAUGUCUACGAUAUCUAUGCUGCCUUUGAUCUCUUUCGAAUUUUUAUGUUAGGCAAUGUUGCAGUAUUAAUAAUUUAGGAAUUUAUUAGCCGUAUUCCUUUACCAACUUGGUCCAAAUUGCCAAAAGGUUUUUAAUCUUUUUUUCAUCCUAAUAUUUUCAUCCAACUUUUUCAUUGUUCCUCUUUAAUUUAUAUGUAGAUUUUCAAAGAAUCUAUUUGCGAAAUGACACCAUCUCUAACUUAUUUUUUAAAUUAUUAUGUUUUUUAGUGGUAAAGGAUGUAAUUAAGGAAUUUGUUUUGUAAAUAUCAUAUUUUUGUAUUUCAAAAUAAAUCGAAUAUCUAUUUAACUUCUUACGGUAAGAUGAAUAUGGAAAAAAACACUCAAACAAGCUAAAAUUUGAAAAUUCAAUUUAAAAAGCUUAUCAUGACUCUCAACAUGAAUAGAGUCCAUGUUGGUUCCACGUUGUCACCUUAGUUGUUUAUAAAACGCAUGUAUAACUGUAACUGUAACUUUGGUUGAUGAAUGACAGUGUUGAUGACAAGGACGAUUUUUUGAGGUUUUGAGGUCUUAUGCAAAUAUUUCUGAUUUUACAAUUAAUUUAGUUAAGCAGAAUAAAUCGUAAUUGUAUAAAAAAUUUCUUAACGCUUCUAGGUAUAUAUACAAAAUAGUUGUUAGUCAUAUACAUGUACAUAUUAAUAUUUUCUAUUAUGUAUCUAUAUUACAAUAAAUUGAAAUAAAGUAUGCUAAAUGUUCAAUAUAAAUAUAUGUAAUU